AUGGAGUCAACAACAGAGGCUCGUCCCAAAGGGCCUCCGUCUGAAUCUUCAGGCAAACGGCCCGCUCUUGAGGUCACUGGGGCUGAAGAGAGGAUUCUGCGCGAUGACCCCGUAGCAAAAGCAGAAUUCCUGUCGAGCUUCACGGCGGAGGAAGAGAAGAGUAUCAUGAAGAAGGUGGAUGCGCGGUUCCUGCUCCUCACUGGAAUAAUGUACAUGAUAAAGACGAUUGACUACACCAAUGCCUCGAGUGUUAAAGUGCUCCAGGUGGGAAGUGACAGAAAUAUACUGAAAGAACUCCAUAUGACAGCCGACCAGUAUAAUUGGAUUCAAUCUAUCUACUUUAUCAGCUACAUUAUCUUCGAAGCUCCAAGCAAUUUGGUCAUGAAGAAAGUGGGCCCACGUGUAUGGCAAACUCGAAUUUUUUGUUCUUGGGGCAUUAUCCUUGCCUGUCACGCUGCGGCCCAGAAUCGUGCAGCAUUAUAUGCGCUGCGAUUCCUUCUGGGUAUGCUGGAGGCGGGAAUGUUCCCAGGGGUGGCUGUACAAUUGGCCAGUUGGUAUCGCCCAGACGAGAUGGGCAGACCUAUUGCAUGGAUGUUCGGCAUUCAACAAUUGGCAACAGUGGUCGGGUCAUUGAUUUGCUAUGCCAUCAGCUAUAUGAAUGGCAUGAGGGGGCUGAGUGCCUGGCGUUGGGUCUAUCUCCUCGAGGGGAUUGCGACGAUCCUUUUCUCUGUUAUCAUCUGGCUAGUCUUGCCCGACUACCCAAAAUCCCCCCGAAGCAACAAGUGGCUCACAUCACGAGAACAGGAAUUUAUAGAGGCGCGUCUGCCAGAAACUGCUCCAGUGACCAGUGAUCCCGCUUUUAAGAAGGAAGAAGUAAUCGAAGCACUGAAGACACAAUCGAUGUGGGCCUUCAUGCUCUCGCAGUUCUUUGUUAAUCUAGGUGGCUACUCGCUCAGUUGGUACCUGCCGACAAUCACCACAAGUCUUGGGUUUGCUGGAUUACCGAAGAACCAGCUGCUUAAUAUCCCGCCUGCAGCGGCUUCCAUUCUGGCGAUUAUAUUUUCUGCUUAUUUUAUCAAACGGGCCUAUAUAACCCGACCGGCUUAUAUUAUGAUCAUCAUGGUCGGCAUGGUCGUCUGUUUCGUACUAUUCUUCACCAUAUCAUCACCCGCCGGAAUCUACGUCGCCUGUAUCCUCGGCACCAUGUUCUACAGCAUGUACUUCAUCCCCUUCUGGGCCUGGCGCUCCACGACCCUAAAGGGCUCAACUGGCGCGGCCUUCGCCUUGGGCUUCCAAAACUGCGUCGGUCAAAUAGGUGGUGUGAUUGGACCGCAACUCUUUCAGGAGAAAUGGGCGUAUAACCGCUACAAGAACAGUUUCGCAAUCGCGGGCUCUUCGAUCAUUGCGGCCUUCUUUGCGAAUCUAUGGACGUGGUGGUUAACGAGGAACUUGGAAUGGGACGUGCGGAGGAUUGCUCGGCUGCGACACAAAGCGCAGAAGGAAGGGAAAGUUUUUGCAGGAGAUGAUAUUAAGGUUUUGGAGGAGAGGCAGUUUUAUUCAGGUAUUCGGAGGAAAGAUGCAGAGGUAGAAGUCAGCGCGGUGUAGAAGAUUUAGGUUAUGGUGUACUAGCUAAAACCAAAAUUGGG